GGGUCCGUGGCGAUCCCCCCAGGGGUCAACGGGGCUGUGGGCCUCAGAGGCCGCCCCGAGAAGACCCCGGGGCUGCUGGCGAUUUCCGGGCUGCGAGCAUUUUGAGGGAGUCCGCUCGGCUGUCCAGGAGCCCCGGGCUAUGGGCAUGAGCUGGGAGUGAGCUGUUUGAACGGGAGGAUGUACUUCCUGGUUUGUUGGGCGGCCCUCGGAAACCCCCAAGUCCGAUUAUUAAAAGUUUUUUUUACUCAGUAAAGCCGCCUCUCAGAGUUGAGAAAGGAAAAAAGCACAGGGUUUGGAGACUAAUGUCCUGAGACGAGUCUCAGGUCUGUCACUUGCUGGAGUUGUGAUCUUUUGUAACCCGUUUUCCGCAGCCUCGGUUUCUAGAUCUGAAAAAUGGGGCUACUAGUCUUUGGCCUGCCUGCCUUCCAGUGUUGUGGGCGUCAGCGGAUAAUAAUGUGAUACGUGGGAGAAAGCAUGUAUCAAAUAUAACUUUAUCCUCCUGUCUCCAGUCUAGGUCAGUUGAAUUUUAAAACCACGCUCAUGUCUUUGAAACUCGAUUAUAAACAUGACCAUGCUCUUUGUGAAAAGCAAAUGAUUUAAUAAAUAAGGGGAAGUGACUUUGGAAACGAAUACAAGCCGUGCAAACGUUAAGCCAUGUACCUCUUGAAGAGGUGACUUGAAGGCCCUGUCACCUGUAGAGUCCGUUUUAAACUUCAUCUGCAAAUGAAGGUCUCCCAGAGUUAGGACACUUCCCUACCCGCAACGCACUCGCCUGUCAACCCAUUUUGCUCAGUUAUAACCUUCCUUCACCACAAAAGUACAAGGAUCUCAGCACUUUCUGUUCAUCAGUUGUGCUAAACUGAUGAUGCCUGUCUCCAGCAGGUCUUGUAUUUUUUUUACCCCCUUUAAGAUACUUCUGGUGCUAAGUCUAGCUCUAAUUCUAACACAGUUCCACUGACCUUGUGUGCACAGUAGCUGAAAUACUGGGGUCAUCUUCAUCUGUCCUAGACUUCCCACUUAUAGAAGUGGAAAGAAAUGGAACUAGGCUAUUGGUAGCUUGAACCCUACUUCUAUGCCACCCAUCAGAAAAUGUGCUCUUAGCUAGUGGAGAAAACAUUUAGAGUUCCUUGUUGAUGAGCCCAGCAGGAUGGAUGAAGUCUGGGUGAGACUGCUGUUUAUCAGAAGGAAACUUUUGUACCAUUUGCCUUCAGAUAAAAUCUGUCUGCAUGUUCUAGAGUUUUAUUAUUCAAAAAAUAAAUGUCAUUUAUUUGAUUGAGGUGGUGCCAUGCAGCAAGCAGCAGAGAGAUGCAGAGUUCGAGCCAGAAGGCCUGACAUGGCACUUUAUAUACCGAAAGCUCGAAGGGGUAUAGUGCUGCUUAAGUCAGGUGAUGAAGAAAAAAGCUGUGGUCCACCUAACUCUGUGGUGAAAGAAGAACAAAAAGAAGAUGGUCUCUUCCAAAAGGAGAUCUUUAGAGGCAAAUCUGAGACUCAGACACUAAGCAUUAAUCCUGAUGAUAAGGAACACAACCAUAGGGAAGGAAAGAAGUUUUCAACAAAAUUAAGAAAAGACACAUGCCUUCAAGAAAGAAAGAAAGAUAGGGUUUGUGUUAGGAGGGGAACCACAGAAUCUAAAGAAGCAUUAUCCCAAGGACAUCAGCAAAGUGUCCCAAAUCCUGGGAUGCUACCUAGUGCACCUUUACAAAGACACGUUAAACCAAAGAAGGUGGAGUGUUUGGAGGUCGAAACCACAAAUGUGAUAGGACCUGGGAAGUUGCUUCUGUCUCAGUCUUGUUCAGAAGUGGGUGAGGCCCAGGUUCUAAACACACCAUUCCAAAAUAUGGAAUUCUGUGAUUUCAGUAGGCACAAAGUAAGUGGCAAAACGUUCAAAGGCAGAGAUUUGGAAAACAGAAUUGAAACUGAUGUCAAGGUGGUGGAGAUACUAUCCCAGUUUCCUGGAGUUUUUAAUUCUGUAUUGAAACCUGAGAGUAAGACUGUGGCAGUAAAACUAAGUUCUGAUUCUGAAACCGUACCAGAAAGUAUGCAAACAUCGUGUGGAAUGUUGACUCUCGGCAAUGGAGGCAUCACUGCCAUUUCUGUUCCUGGAAGUGCGGAUGGUGUCACUGAUCAAACUUGUGUAGACUUUGAAGCUGAGAAUGUUGGUGAUACAGCCAACAGUACAGAUAUCAUCUUGGCUCAGAGAGGUAUAGAUUCCAUUCCUGAGACUUUGGGUCACAUCUCUCAUAAAAUGGCCAUAGUCAGCAAAUUAGAGAGUAUAAAUGGCAUUUUUGAUCCAACACUGAUUAGAGAGUAUGAGAAGAAUGACAGUACUGCCGAUGACUUGUGUAUAAGGUAUGAACCUUCUGAUACAGCUCUCCUUGCUCAUGAAACAGAUCUAGAUAAUGGGCUGAAGAGUGUAGGUGACAUUACCCAGAAGGCAUGUAAGAUGGACAUUACAGAUGUCCUGUCUGAUCAGAUAACUGUGGGCAGCCCUUGUGUAGCUGCAGUUAGAACAGCUGGUGAGGCCUGUAGCAACACAAAUAGUUUCUCAAAAUAUUUAGAAAUGAGUGCAGAUACAGCCCCUCUUCAUGUAGCUGGGAGUGGGAAUGACAUAGAAAAUUUCAGCAGCCUGACUGCUUGCUCAGAUAUUUAUGCUGAGAGUAUUUCAUCUAGUUUCACAGAGUCAACAGGAAAGUUGAUAGAGAGCUUGUCAGAUUGUGCUUCCUCCUUACCUAUAAAGAAGAUUGCUGGUAGUAAUUGUAGCACUUUUUUGGACUGUGAACUCAGUAUGUUUAAUGGGACAAAAGUACUUUCAGACAGUGCCUUGGGCAUUGAUCUAGAUUGUACGGGUGAUAUAACAAAGGCAUUGCAUGAACUAAAAACUGCCGAAGAGUUCAAGACAAAAGAGGAAGAUCACUCAGAGAAUAUAGAGUUUGGUGUAUCCUUUCCUGAUACGGAAUCUGUAUCUAUGGAAACAUCUAUGGCACCGAAAGCAAUGGAAACAUCUCAUGUGGAGGGAAGUACUGCUACUGAGGACAGCUGGGAGUCUCUGUUUAAUGAUGAUGGUGACUGCUUGGAUCCACGUCUUCUACAAGAGUUAUCAGGGAAUAUGAAGAAUAGAGAAAGCAUCCAGGAACCUAGAUUUGAUUAUUACAACCAUGAAGUUUCUGAUAUUGACCUCAGUGAUUGUGAAUUUCCACAUGUCAUAGAAAUUUAUGACUUCCCCCAAGAAUUUCGUACUGAAGACCUCCUGCGGGUUUUCUGCAGUUAUCAAAAGAAAGGAUUUGAUAUUAAAUGGGUGGAUGAUACACACGCCCUAGGAGUAUUCUCCAGUCCAAUUACAGCUCGUGAUGCUCUGGGUAGUAAACAUACCAUGGUGAAAAUCAGGCCAUUGUCACAGGCCACAAGAGCAGCCAAGGCCAAAGCUAGAGCUUAUGCCGAGUUCCUCCAGCCAGCAAAGGAGCGUCCUGAGACUUCAGCAGCCCUAGCCAGAAGGUUAGUCAUCAGUGCCCUUGGGGUUCGAAGUAAACAGAGCAAAACAGAAAGGGAAGCAGAGCUCAAGAAACUGCAGGAGGCCCGAGAGAGAAAGCGACUGGAAGCCAAGCAACGGGAAGAUGUCUGGGAAGGCAGAGACCAGUCUGCAGUUUGAACAUCACUUAAGGAAAUGGAUAGUUCCAUGAAUUCAGAAAUUAAUUCCAUAGUCUUCGGAUAGGAGGAUCCUUCUAGAGUUCUGUGUACAUGCAGAAGUGCGUGUUCAUGAAAGAACGAGAUAAAGCCAUUGAGGCGAGCACUGACUGGGUCUAGAAAGAAGGUGGACUCCUGUCCGUCUUUGCUUCUAAUUGCAGUCAUUUGGAAUUGCCAUACUGUGUUGGGCAUAGAAAGGAGCCAUCAGCUAGGAAGCUGACUUGUGGCAAUUUGGAUAUGACUUCCAAGAGUCCUCUGGGCGUGGCAAGCCCCACUGUUACCAUGGCUCAUGUGUCUAAGAUGUCUGAAGCAGAUACAAAACAGAGGAUUCAAACCUGCCAUGAUGGGCCAUUCCGGCCCUGAAAAGGUAGGGUGUUCUUUCGGGCCUCACAGAGCCAAGGGGUGGCGGAGGGAACAGUGUUUGAAGUACUUGGUACUCACCGAAUCCACACUGUCAAUUCCAGAACUCUGGAGCUGGUGAGCUGCAGCAGAUGUAGGUGUUUGAGCUCCAGAGUUUGUACUGGGCCGGGCGCCUGGGGCUGCUCCAGCUGCACAGCAGCCAAGGGCAUGCCUGCUUCAGCCCUCUAGAAAGCCAGCCUUGGGAGCCGUGUGCUAGUCCCCGCUGAAAGUACUACCGUGUUGUGAGAGGGAGACAUUAAAGCUCAGUCUAUGACCUACA